AUGUCGGCUUUUAGUCAGUUUCAAUCGUCUCAGCCUACUGAGCUUGACCUUCACGCUAUAGAAGUGGAUCGGACACUUCGUCGAAGAAGAGUCAUUACGUUUGGCAGACUUUCAACGUUCUUCCCUGGAGAUAUUGACGACACACUCAAAUUCAAUUACGUCUUCCGUCCCAUAUACCACGAUUUAGUAGAAGGCUUCGAUGCUAAGGUCUAUCUUGAUUUAGGUUUUCGGGAGUUUGACCUUGACACAACUCAGUUUCCUACUUCCCGAGUACUGCCCUUAGGUAUCCAGAUAUCUCGAAGAGCAGAUUUCCUGAUCAACCCAGACUACUUAUUGUGGUUGCGAGAUCAUGCCGUUCCAAUGACGAAGAGAGAAAACAGGAUCCACGAGUCUAAGGAUUCCACUUUCAUCUUCGCGGAUAGGAUGGGGUGUUGGUCAAUGUUUGAUGAUUCGUUAUUUGCGGAAGAAACCAAGGAGUUGGAACAUUGGUUUUCAAGCUCACCCUCGGUUAUGGAGUGUCACUGUCCAUGCUCACCUGGCUUUUGCACCCCAUUCAUUCAGCGAAUGAAGUGGCUGCCAUAUAAAUAUGAAGAACGCACGCCGCCAGAGCAUCGUACUCUUUCAGGAUAUGCGAAUGACAUCUUGUCAUUUAUGAGCAAAUAUGGUCAAUCCCUCACAACUGAUCAAAAUGUCGACGCAGUUCGCCAAGUGACAUUUUCGGUCCUCGAGAUGAAACAUAUAUGCUCCCAUAGGCCCAGCGAUGAUUAUGUUGAAGAGCUUUCCCCAGACGAGAUCCAAUUCGAGCUGGACACUCAAGAUAGUUACAGGGCAAAUGCUCUAAACGAAGUAACGUCAGAAGCAACCUCCUUUUUCUCUGCUGAUCAUCAUCAAGUAUCGCCAAAGGAGCACAUCGGCGCCAAGACUGAGGUAAAAGCUAUUAUGGAAGGUAAUGGUGCUUACCAUAACGAUCCUGACCUACAGCAAGAAAUUGAGUAUGAUGUUAUUGUUGAAUACUGGCAUAAGCGAUGGAUUCCCAUAAUGGAGAGAAUUUUAGACUACGCAAGGAGACUCUUCUACUUCGAUCACGAUGAAGAAGGUUUGAGAGACAUUGGCGUAGUCCUGGAAAACGUCACUGGCACCAUUUUGACAUCAGAUGACGACGGAGAAGAUGUUGGAGAGUACGAACUUAAAUGGGAGGGAUCGGGUAAUGAAAGCCGAGAAGAGAGGGAGUCAAGAAUUGUCUCGAACUGGAUGAUUCGGCAGCUAAACAGUAUCGUAGAUUAG